AUGGGGGCUAGUAGUGAUCCGAACCAGGACGGGUCCGACGAGCAGCAGAGACGAUCGGAGAUCUACACAUACGAGGCGCCUUGGCACAUAUACGCUAUGAACUGGAGCGUCCGCAAGGACAAGAAGUACCGUCUCGCCAUAGCCAGCCUUCUGGAGCAGUUCCCCAACCGGCUGGAGAUCGUCCAGCUUGACGACUCCAAUGGUGAGAUCCGCUCCGACCCGAACCUCUCCUUCGAGCACCCAUACCCACCCACCAAGGCCAUCUUCAUCCCCGACAAGGAGUGCCAGAAACCGGACCUUCUGGCCACCUCCAGCGACUUCCUCCGGGUCUGGCGAAUCGCCGACGACAACAGCCGCGUGGAAAUGAAAAGCCUCCUCAACAACAACC